GUAUGCGCCGUGACGUCUGCCAUUACCUAGGAAAGUCCAACCGCUCUGGACUGGGCAGGCUCCCAAGUGGGAGAGAAAAGGGGUAAAACAAUUUCAAGAUGGCGGCGGCUGAGGCGUGGAUAACAAUGGGAAACGGGAGGUGUAGGUGGCUCUGUGUCUGAGCUAGAUUGGGGCAGGGGAUUGAAAUCACCCGGCCUGCAUCGGGAAGGCGGGCUCGGUCGGGUCGGGCCGCGUUUGGGCGCCCCGGCCUGGAAAAGGUAUUGGUCACGGCUGAAGAGGGAGAAUUGGGCUCCGAAGUGCCCGGUGUCCCUCGCCGCCAGCUAUGGCGGAGUGAAGAGCCGGCUAUUCCGGUGCUCUCGUUUUCGCUGGCGGCUCAUGGUUCUGCCCCCUUGCCCCAUGGCGGAGUUCGUGGUGUCGCAGCACAGCGCGGUGAUGGAGCGGCUCCGCCGGCGCAUCGAGCUUUGCCGGAGACAUCACAGUGCCUGUGAGUCCCGCUACCAGGCCGUGUCCCCGGAGCGCCUGGAGCUGGAGCGCCAGCAGACCUUCGCCCUUCACCAGCGCUGCUUGCAGGCUAAGGCCAAGCGAGCGGGGAAGCACCGCCAGCCGCCCCUUCCUCCCCCCACUGCGCCACCUCCAACAGCUCCUUCGCAUCCGCCUUCCUCUGCUCCGGGCCCUGGGCCCGGGGCCUCUGCGUCUACCUCCACUUCUUCCGACAGGCCUGGAGUCAAUGGCCUGGAUAGUGACACCGCGGGCGGUGAACAGCAACAGCACGGCCGUAGCAGCGCCCUCAUUGCGCAGCUUCAUGAAACUGUAAAAAGGAAACUUGAUAAUUCUGUUUCACCUCAAAAUGGCGACCAGCCAAAUGGCUUUGGGGACAUAUUUCCUGUGCCCAAGAAAUUGUGUCAUGAUGAUGGUCUUGGUGGGUUGAGUGGCUCCUCCAGUGGAAUACCUCCCGUAUCCCCUCUACAUCAGCAUGAUAGCAAACCUUCCAGUGGAGAAAAUGUACAGCUUAAUGGAAAACAUUCCAUAAGCCUAGAUGGAAUGAGCAAAAAGGAUCUGCCACAUUCUAGCCUUCAGUUGAAUGGAAGCAGUGAUGCUGAUGACUCAUUUGCUAUGAUUAUUAAUAAAGAACUCAAACAAGAACCAGAUGAUCUUCCUUGUAUGAUUACGGGACCAGGAAGUUCUAUAUCACAAAACAAUUUGAUGUCUGAUCUUAACCUUAAUGACCAAGAGUGGGAGGAGCUAAUGAAUGAGCUAAACAGGUCAAUGCCUGAUGAGGAUAUGAAAGACCUAUUUACUGAAGACUUUGAGGAAAAGAAGGAGGGUGAUCCUUCAAAUUCAGCUGCACAAACUUCUUUACCACAAGAUAUCAUUAUAAAGACUGAAUUUUCCCCGGCAAACUUUGAACAGGAACAGAUAGGGUCUCCACAAGUCAGAUCUACCUCUGCUGGCACAACAUUUAUUGGUACAUCUUCUGUCCCUGUUACUGCUGCUUCUCCAGCAGUUAGUAAUUCUCAAACAAUGUUUCAGCCUUCAAAUCAAUCCAUGUCUGAAAAUCCCAACCAGUCAAUAAUGCAACCAGCAAGCCAGGCCCAAAACGUUCAGAGGCCUCUAUCUAAUUCAUUGUUAUCUGGACAAACUACAGGGAGUGCCAAAGAGAUGUCAUCUGCUAAACAGCUACAGCAAAUAGCUGCUAAGCAAAAGAGAGAUCAAUUGUUGCAGAACCAACAGCAGGUCCACCCAUCCAAUCAAAUUUCUAGCUGGCAGCAAUCUGGACCUUCCCAUAGUCCAUUGGCUCUCCCAUACUCUAUGGACAAUCCAACUAGCCCUUCUGUUUAUCAGCAAGACUUCAGUAACCAAAAACUCCUGAUACCCAAUAUGCCAAACAAGAGUUCUCCUAGGACAGGAGGUAACUAUCAUGGUGGAAAUAUGUUAAGCCAUCAGCCAAGCAACAUAAAUCAGAAUUCUGUAUCUAAUCAAAACUCUGUGCUAGAUUAUGGGAAUACAAAACCUCUUUCACAUUACAAAGAAUGUGGGCAAGGAAUCACAGUGCCCGGACAAAACAAGUCUUCUAUGUUAGCAUACCUUCAGCAACAUCAGCAGCCUACACUGCCUCAUAUGAGUGAUGAGCAGAGUGGCAUAUUUGUAAUGAAGAAGUCUGGAAAUAUUGCUUAUAGGCCUUUAGUACCACACAGUCAGGAUCAAAAUCAUUCUGCUGGUGUUCCUCGCAUUCCCGUUUCUGUUCCUGGCAAUGGUGUAAAUGCACAGCCUCCUAAUGUUUCCAUGGCAGGUAACCAUGGUAAUGCAGCUUAUCUCAACAGUCAGCAGCAAGCAGCUGUAAUGAAGCAGCACCAGAUGCUACUAGAUCAUAAGCAGCAACAAAAGCAGUUGUUAAUAGAACAACACAAACAGUUUCUAAUGGGACAAAGGCAACUUCUUGCUGAACAGGAGAAACAAAGGCAUCAUCAGGAGCAACAACUCCAAAGACAUUUGACACGACCACCUCCUCAGUACCAAGAUCAGACACAAAAUACAUAUCAACAGCAAGUUGGCCAGUUUCCAGGCUCAUCUCCAUCAAUGACAGGGGUAAAUAAUUUAGGCCAGUCCAACUCUAGCAGUCCACGAAUGUUUUCUCAGAAUCAGAACAUGAUUCAGAUUGGAACAGGGCACAAUUCUGUCUCAUCAAGCAGCAAUCAGCAAGAUCGAGCGGUUAAUCAAUAUACUGGUCUGCAGAAUAUUCAGCGAGGCAAUUUAUACAGCAUGGCAUCUGGUAUGACCCAAAUGGUCCAACAACAUGCAAAUCCAACUGCCAAUGGUCAGCCACAAAUGCAAAGACAACCCAGUUUGGCUCAGGGCACUGCUCUCCCUGCUGGAUAUGGACAGAACACGUUAGGAAAUUCAGGCAUUUCUCACCAACACAAUAAAGGGGCACUAAAUGCUACAUUAUCCAAGCCUCAGAUGGCAAGAAUGCCAGCAAUUGGGGCCCAAAAUUCAUCCUGGCAGCAUCAAGGUAUAUCAAAUAUGAACAAUCAGGCUCAACGAAAUAAUGGUUUAGGGACGUUUACUGCCAGCUCCACGUUCCAUAUGCAGCAAACUCACUUAAAGUUGUCCAGUCAACAGUUUGCCCAAGGAAUGCCUCAGGUAAGCCUCAACACCAGCAGGACAAUGGCACCCAUGAAUUCAGCUGUCUCUGGACAGAUACUGCCAUCGUUAGGGGCCCAGCAGCGGACAAACCCUCCUACUCAACAGCCAGUCCAGGCCCAACAGGUCUUGCCAAGCAUGAGUCAAACUGUCCCAGAUCUGACUUUCGGCCAGAAUCAGAAUCAGCAGCUGUCCAACAGAACCAGUCUACACUGUACUCAAGGUUAUCCUGUCAGGACAGCUAGUCAGGAAUUGCCUUUUGCCUACAGUAACCCAUCUGGAGGUAAUGGCCUACAGAACUUAACUGGGGAUACAGACCUCAUAGACACUUUAUUGAAAAACAGGACUUCAGAAGAGUGGAUGAAUGAUUUGGACGAGUUAUUAGGGAAUCACUGAAAUGAGAUUUGGAUUUUUUUUUUCCUUCCCUGAGUCAAUUUUUUUAUUUCUAAUUACAAAUUAUCUUUGGACCAAAUACCUGUGUCAUUGAAAAUUCACAGGCUCUAGUGGGAAUGUAUUGGAGUUGCUUCUUUCUGGGUCUAAGAACGUGAAAAAGAUGCACCAGCUUGGUAGGGGAAAAACGUCAUUUCUAUAGUGUGUCUGGAACACAACAUAUGUAAACAGUUUGGUGUGUACCCCAAACAACCCAGCAAAAAUGCAACUUUUUCCAGUGUUUUACAUUUGAAGACUUCAAUGUGAACCCAUGCAGUUGCAGUGCAGAAAGUAAGCCAGCAAGGGAUAGGCUUUAAAUAUUCAGUGUUAAGGCAUUCUUUCCUACAGAUAGUACUUGAUUUUUUGAUCUUGAUUUGGACCUCUAAAAUAAAUAGUAAAAGUGCCACCUUGCCACCAUUUUCAAGAAAAGAAUGUGUAUAACCCUUGUUAUUUUGUGGAGUCCUCCUUAGUUAGGGAGGAUAAUCCUCUAAUCCAGGGGUCCUCAACCUUGGCAACUUUAAGACUUGUAGACUUCAACUCCCAGAAUUCUGGGAGUUGAAGUCCACAAGUCUUAAAGUUGCCAAGGUUGAGGACCCCUGUUCUAAUCAGCAUGUGCCAACUUUCUGAGCAAACCAGAUAUAAGAAUUCACAAUAACCGAUAAUGGGUUUACCUACUGGAGAUCCUUAAAUAUUACAACAUUUCCAGCAGCAGGUUGCUGUAUAUCUAAACUGGGCAACCUGAAGUUAAUUGGCUUAUGGCUUACUGAAUUAAGCAAUUUGCACUCUGCUAUUGGGGGGAGGGGUUUCUUUUUCUUUUUAGUUAUUUUUUAAUUGGAGAAACAGACUUAAAAUCAAGUGUGUGCACUUUUUCUAUCUCCUUUCCUGCAUUCAUUAAAGUUGGAUUGAUCACACGUCAUUUCUCUGUUUGAUUCAGAGGGCAUUAGCAGUGUUUUUGUUGCCACAUGCAUACUGUACAAUGUAGAUAGGAUGAUUUAGUGUUUGUCAAGCAUGUGAAGCAAGUCUUAUGUGUUGGGAGUUAUUGACUGAAAAUUUUGCAGUUAUGGCACAGGGAGAUGGGGGCACACUAUACUUUUUUAAAAAAAUUAAAAAUUGUGAGACCCUUGGGGAAAAUGGUGAUUGAAGCUCUUUAGAAAUAUAAAGGCUAAUCUCCAAUGAAAUAAAUGCUGCUAAUUCAUCAUUGUCCAUGGAGAUACUUUCCUGGAUGUGUAAAAUUAGUUCCUUAUAUGGCAAGGAAAAGAGAAUUAUUUUUAAUGUGUUACCAAAAAGAAUUUCUGCUUGCCAACAAACCACCUUUUGCCUUAACCUUUAGUUAUAAAGGUAAUCAAUUUGAAAGUUGUUUUAGAUGCAUAGAUACCUCUCUGUUCCUACUCGGGGUUUUGUUUAGUUUUUUAAUGAACAGGGCUAUUUACCUCCUGUUAUAAGGAUUCUUAAUUUAGUUCAUAGCAUCUGCAGCUGAGAACCCUAGAAUUUCCUUUGCAUCAGAAACGUUCAGGAGAGUGUAUAGAAAUAUUUGAAUCUGGGAUAUUUUGGACAGGGGAACAGUGAAGAGAUUAAAGAAGAUGAACAAUAGGAAAAUAAUUUACUGUAUCUGCAGUGUUCCUCUCAAAUGUGCACUUUGGAAAACAAUCUGCUUUAACACUACUUUUAAUUUAAUUUUCCCGUUUGUUUCAUUGUAUAUGGUUGCCAUCCAUGAUCAAGUUAUGUAUGCCAUGCUAAAGAGAUGUUUGUGUUUUGAUGGACAAUUGAUGGGGGAUAAUGGUGAAAGCUGCAUGUUAAUGAGUGGUUCCACUACUGAUAUGUCCAAAUUGAAGCAAAUUGCGUUGAGUGUAUAUUUUUAAAACAUCAUUUUAUAAGGGUUGCUUAAUUUAAUAAAUAAAAUAUAGGUGUCACUAUAUUGUAAGUAAAUUAGAUUAGAGUUAAAUUUACUAAUCUUUUCCAUAAAUCAGCAAUUGAGUUAAAUUUGUCAGUGAAUUCAAUUCAAUCAAAGAUUUGGUCCAAAAUGAAUGUCAGCUGGAAAAUAUUGUAAUCUUUGUAGUUGCUUUUUUGACCAUGAAAAAUUAUAGGGGUCUGGGAGGAACAGAUUUGAAAUGGAGAUAAAGUAUAUUUGUUAUGUGUUUUGAAAAUCUUGCACCAGUGUGCCUUCCUUUUGUUUGUGGAGGUACUUGGGACCUCAUACUUCUCAAUUGACUUAUUCUCAUUUCUUCUUUAGGUGCAGUAAAAAAAUUACAAGUUUUAUAACAUUGUAGCUUAAUUUAUCAGAUGAAAUUUUGGUCAGAAGAAAAUGUAACAGACACUUUGUGUUAUAAGUGCUAUAGGCAGAUACCUCCUGUCUAUCUUUUCUUUUUAGUAACAUAUGCAGCACAUACCUAUGGAUAAGCAUCCUAAUGCUUUUUAGAUAUCCUGGAUUACAACUCCCAUCGUUCCACACACAGUUGCCCUGCUGCUGGAAUGAUGAGAGUUGUAAUCUCUUAACAUUUCAAGAAUAAGAAAUGCCUUCUGGUUAAAUAAAUUAGCAUGCAAUAAUUUUGGACUGACUGUGCCCUUUCAAAAUUUAGAACAUUUUAAAAAAAUUAAAAUUUAAGCUAUCUUCAACUUGAUUUCAGUUGUGGUUGCUUUCAGUUGAUACAAAAUGGUUUCAGAUUUGAAAAUGUAGCAUAAUGUAGAAAGGUUAAAAGUGCCGUGCAGUGAUCAUUGAACAUGGAAGCUAGCUGGGGUUAAGUGCAGGGCACUCCCAUCAGUCACUAGUAGCAGUUCAUAAUGGAAUAUCUGCACUUGUGCUUUCUAUUUGCUGCAGCUUCAGAGCAAUAAGACACCCCCCCCCUCUCUCCCUUCAAUUUGCCUGGCCUGUUGCCUCAGUUUUAUUUAUAGGCUGCAGUCCCGGGCUGAUGAGAAGGUGUGGAAAAAAAUCAUACCUGUCCAAGAUCCCCCACCUUCCUAACCCCUCCCCCCCCACAAAAUGGAAAGGGUGCUCAGUUUUUCUAUUUGACACAUUUUCUUUGUGUAAAUAAAUGUUUACAGUUUUAUAUGAAAGACUGAAUAAGAGUUAGAUCUUCUGAGUGUAUAUUUUUUACUUUUUAUAGAUUUUAAAACUAUAAUUCUUUAUAUAUAUGUUGGGGGUGGUUAUAUGUUUUACACUUGUUUAAAUGGUGAACAGUCCAGAUUUGAUGCUAACUUUUUUUUUUUUUUGGCAUUGAGAUGUAUAAAGAGCCCAUUAAUCCCAUUUUUUUUCUUUAAUUACAAUUAUUGUGGCACACCAAAAACCUUUCACUUCUGUUAUGUCAUUAUUAAAAAAAAAUAAAUAUUUUGCUAGUGUA